AGAGUGCGCGCGCGCGAGGCCGAGAGGGCGCGCUCACAGAAACUUUGUGCCUGCGGGUGCGCCUCAGGCGGGCUCGCCGGCUCGCAGCGCGGCGGGUGGGCGGCCGGGGGCGGCGGCGGCGGCGAUGCGCCGCGCCCCGCCGAGCCCGUCCCGGCGCGCUAGGUGAGGCGGCCGCGGGAGCGCCGGCCGUGGCCAUGGGCACCCUGGGCAAGGCGAGAGAGGCCCCGCGGAAACCGUGUCAUGGCUGUAGAGCUGCCACUAAAGCAAGACUAGAGGCGAAGCCAGCCGGCAGCCCCGUCCCCUCCCAUCCCAGCCUGGCCCAGAUCACCCAGUUCCGAAUGAUGGUGUCUCUGGGACAUUUAGCCAAAGGAGCCAGCCUGGACGAUCUCAUCGACAGCUGCAUUCAGUCUUUCGAUGCAGAUGGAAACCUGUGUCGAAGUAACCAACUGUUGCAAGUCAUGCUGACCAUGCACCGAAUUAUCAUUUCCUCUGCUGAGCUGCUCCAGAAAGUUAUCACCCUCUAUAAGGACGCCUUGGCAAAGAACUCACCAGGGCUUUGUCUGAAGAUCUGCUAUUUUGUAAGGUACUGGAUAACAGAAUUCUGGAUCAUGUUUAAAAUGGAUGCCAGCUUGACAAACACUAUGGAGGAGUUUCAGGAGCUGGUGAAGGCUAGUGGUGAGGAGUUACACUGCCACCUGAUCGACACAACUCAAAUCAAUGCCCGGGACUGGUCCAGGAAACUGACCCAAAGGAUCAAAUCAAACACCAGCAAGAAACGUAAGGUUUCCCUGCUCUUUGAUCACCUGGAGCCCGAGGAGCUGUCGGAGCACCUCACCUACCUGGAGUUCAAGUCCUUCCGGAGGAUAUCAUUCUCCGAUUAUCAGAAUUACCUCGUGAAUAGCUGUGUGAAGGAGAACCCCACCAUGGAGCGGUCCAUCGCCCUGUGUAACGGCAUCUCCCAGUGGGUACAACUGAUGGUUCUCAGCCGCCCCACCCCACAGCUCCGGGCAGAAGUCUUCAUCAAGUUCAUCCAGGUGGCUCAGAAACUCCACCAGCUGCAGAACUUCAAUACACUGAUGGCUGUGAUAGGUGGGCUCUGUCACAGCUCAAUCUCCAGGCUCAAGGAGACAAGUUCGCACGUCCCACAUGAAAUCAAUAAGGUUCUGGGUGAGAUGACCGAGCUGCUCUCCUCCUGUAGAAACUAUGACAACUACCGGCGGGCCUAUGGGGAGUGCACCCAAUUCAAGAUCCCCAUUCUGGGGGUGCACCUCAAGGACCUCAUCUCCCUGUACGAAGCCAUGCCCGACUAUCUGGAAGAUGGGAAGGUCAAUGUCCACAAGCUGCUGGCCCUUUACAAUCAUAUCAAUGAACUGGUCCAGCUGCAAGAGGUGGCCCCGCCCUUGGAGGCCAACAAGGACUUGGUGCACCUGCUGACGUUGUCCUUGGAUCUCUACUACACUGAAGAUGAAAUCUACGAGCUUUCCUAUGCUCGGGAACCAAGGAACCACAAAGCCCCACCACUAACACCUUCAAAACCACCAGUAGUGGUGGACUGGGCCUCUGGAGUAUCUCCCAAACCGGACCCAAAGACCAUAAGUAAACAUGUCCAGAGGAUGGUGGAUUCCGUCUUCAAGAACUAUGAUCAUGACCAGGAUGGAUACAUUUCUCAGGAAGAGUUUGAAAAGAUUGCUGCCAGUUUUCCCUUUUCCUUCUGUGUGAUGGACAAAGACAGGGAAGGCCUCAUCAGCAGAGAUGAGAUCACAGCCUACUUCAUGAGGGCCAGCUCAAUCUACUCCAAACUGGGCCUGGGCUUUCCUCACAACUUUCAAGAGACCACCUAUCUGAAACCUACAUUCUGUGACAACUGUGCUGGAUUUCUCUGGGGAGUGAUCAAACAAGGAUAUCGAUGUAAAGACUGCGGGAUGAACUGCCACAAACAGUGCAAAGAUCUGGUUGUGUUUGAGUGCAAGAAGCGAGCCAAGAACCCAGCAGCUCCCACAGAGAACAGCACUGCUGGAGGGCCAACAUCCAGCCUUUGCUCAUUGGGAGCCAAAGACCUGCUCCAUGCACCUGAGGAAGGGCCUUUCACAUUCCCUAAUGGCGAGGCAGUGGAACACAGUGAGGAAAGUAAAGAUCGGACCAUCAUGCUCAUGGGAGUGUCCUCACAGAAGAUUUCUGUUCGGCUGAAGAGGACUGUCGCCCACAAGGCUACCCAGACGGAAUCACUGUCUUGGCUUGGCAGUGAGGGUCCUUCGGGGACCUUGAUGCUGUCCUCCCCAAGGAAGACAGCCCAGGAUACUCUGUAUGUGCUUCCCAGUCCCACAUCUCCAUGCCCUAGCCCCGUCUUGGUCAGAAAGCGGGCUUUUGUCAAGUGGGAGAAUAAAGAAUCCCUCAUAAAAUCAAAGGAGGAUCUCCGUCAUCUCAGACUCCCAACUUACCAAGAGCUGGAACAGGAAAUAAAUACCCUGAAAGCAGAUAAUGACGCUCUAAAGAUCCAACUGAAAUAUGCACAGAAGAAAAUAGAAACCCUCCAACUUGCAAGAAGCAAUCAUGUCUUAGCUCAAAUGGAGCACGGUGACUGUUCUUAGCCCAGAAACUGAAGAAGCACAAUAUGUAGAGGAGUAUAUCAGAGAUCUCUUAACUAAAAUGAGUAACACAAACACCUGGGGAACCUUAGAUCGACCAGUUAUUUUAAAAGGGUACUUUAAAACAGAAAAGCUUUUUUUUUUUUUUUUACUUGAAAGACUCCUCAUGAGUGGAACUGUCUUCUCUUCCAGUCAGCUGAGUCAAAGGGUAGGAAGGCUGAAGAAUGCAGAAUUUUUGCCAUUCACACCAUAAACUUUUUUUUCCCCUGGAACUAAUACCAACAGCUUGAUAAAAAUAGGACUACAGAUUUCUGACAAGGUUGCUUCUCCUACGUGGCCUGUGUAGCUACUUCUUCCUCAGAACUAAAAUCCCUGGAAAAUUAAUUUGCUUCCUUCUGUGGGUUUUCUGUGAACUGAAAGAUUUAUUUUGUUCCAUCCAAAGCUUGCUUACCGUGGGAAGAGACUCACAUUCCAAAAAUAGACUCACUUCCUCUAUAUUCCAGAAUUCUUUUCGAAUCCGGUUCCCACUUCACUACCUCAGAUAUCUAAUCAAUUAGCCUUCUCCCACUCCUUCCUCACUAGGCUCAUACUCAAAUGAGGAUAUCUCAUUUAAGGUUAAAUUUAAGGUUGUCCUUUCCCUGUAGCUUUUGUCUUUAAUCCAACAGUUCUAAGAAAACUAGCAAGUAAAGAACUUUGAAGUUGUGCAUGAAAUUGAUAUAGUUCAAAGUUCAAAACAAUGAGGAUAUCUAUCUAGAAGUAAACUUCUAGAGAUGGAGCCACAAAUUUGGGGGUGGGGGAGGGGACUAAGACAUUAUCCAAUUACAGGUCAACUCACAGUUUUAGUCUCACAGUCGUAAGUAGGCAAACUAAACACCUGGAAACAUAGCUAAUACCACCUAAUACAUGACCGGCCAGGUAGCUAAAAAAAACCUGCCAAUGUGGUAUUUGUCCUCAUAUACCUACAUUGGGAUAGAAUUAGGAAUUUAUGGACUUUUGAAAGAAUCUGUUUAACUUUUCAUGUGCCAUCUUUAUCUUUUUUUUGUUUUUUUGAAGUAACUAUUUUGAACUGAUUUUGUGCUAUACUGUCUUCACUAUUAAUAUUAUUUAGAAAUAAGCUAACUGGAUCAGAGGCCUCAAUAAGACCUGAGAACGUGUAUAUGUGUAUAUAUUAUGUAUAUACAAUAUCAAGCAUGCAUGUGACUUGGAAUUUUGUUUCCUCCUUCAUAAAAUGUGGGGGUGAAUUAAACAACUUUGUCAUUUACACAAAUCCACAAAGUUAGUUUGUUACAAGAUAAAGAAAUUGCUCACAAUGUAAGAUGUACUGUUCAGCAAA